CUUUUGAUCUAUUCAACUUUAAUUUCCUUGCAUCUUCAAGCCGCAGUGAAAGGGUGAGACUCGGCGGAUUCACAUGGUUUCAAGCUCCAAAACCAUGCCUUUCGAGGCCUACAGAAGGCCACACCUCCCUUUUUUCUUCAAUACUAUUUACAAGUAACAGCCAAAACACAAGAAAAGCAAAAGCUUGGAACUUUUGUUUGUAUGCAUGUAUCUUCUGUAAGGCACCAGCCGGCCUUACCCAAUAUCCAAAACCAAUUUUCUUGUUCCUGCUUUUUUUUUCAAGCUCUUUUCUUGUUUCCGAUCAAAGGGUAGAAAAAAAUGGAAGUGGAGAGCAGUGUGAUGGGAACCCAGUCUCCAAAAUUUGCUCUGCCUGUGGACUCUGAUCACAAGGCCACCGAGUUCAGAUUGUUUUCCAUAGCCAAACCCCACAUGCGAGCGUUUCACUUGUCCUGGUUUUCCUUCUUCCUCUGCUUUGUCUCCAGCUUCGCCGCACCGCCUCUCAUUCCUGUCAUACGUGACAACCUCAAUCUAACGGCUACCGACAUCGGUAAUGCCGGGAUAGCUUCAGUUUCUGGUGCAGUGUUUGCAAGAAUAGCCAUGGGAACUGCCUGUGACUUAUUUGGACCGCGGCUUGCCUCUGCCUCGCUCAUCCUCCUCACUGCACCAGCAGUCUUUUUCACUUCCAUGGCCUCAUCUCCAAUCUCUUUCCUCCUCGUGCGUUUCUUCACAGGCUUCUCUUUGGCCACUUUCGUCUCGACCCAAUUCUGGAUGAGCUCCAUGUUCUCUCCUCCAGUCGUUGGCACAGCCAAUGGAGUUGCAGGCGGGUGGGGAAACUUGGGUGGUGGAGCAACGCAGCUGAUCAUGCCCCUUGUUUUUGACGCCAUCAAGAACAUUGGCGCUGCCAAGUUCACAGCUUGGAGGAUCGCCUUCUUCAUCCCUGCCCUGUUUCAGACGCUUUCAGCAUUUCUUAUUCUGAUAUUUGGUGAGGACAUGCCAGACGGGAACUUCCAUGGCCUGCAGAAAUCUGGGGAGAAGCCAAAAGACAAAUUCUCAAGCGUCUUCUAUCAUGGGGUUACAAAUUACAGAGGGUGGAUUUUGGCUUUGACUUAUGGAUAUUGCUUUGGGGUUGAGCUGGCAGUGGACAACAUAAUAGCAGAGUACUUUUAUGACAGAUUCAAUCUGAAUCUCCACACUGCAGGGAUCAUAGCAGCAACUUUUGGAUUGGCAAAUAUUGUUUCUAGGCCUGGAGGAGGGAUUCUGUCAGAUGUAGUGGCAAAGAGGUUUGGGAUGAGGGGCAGGUUGUGGACUUUGUGGAUUGUACAAACCUUUGGAGGUGUCCUCUGUGUUGUUCUUGGGCAGGUGAAUUCUUUGACUGCAUCCAUUGCUGUGAUGAUUUUGUUCUCCUUCUUUGUCCAAGGUGCUUGUGGGCUUACAUUUGGGGUGGUUCCUUUUGUCUCGAGAAGGUCAUUAGGGGUCAUAUCUGGUAUGACAGGAGGAGGUGGAAAUGUGGGUGCCGUUCUGACCCAACUGAUAUUCUUCAAAGGAUCAAAAUAUUCAAAAGAAACAGGCAUAACUCUAAUGGGGAUCAUGAUCAUCUGUUGUACCCUCCCAAUGACUUUGAUUUACUUCCCACAAUGGGGUGGCAUGUUCCUUGGUCCAUCUGAAAAGAAGGCCACAGAAGAAGACUACUACAUGUCUGAGUGGAGUUCGAAGGAGAAGGACAAAGGGUUUCACCAGGCAAGUGUCAAAUUUGCUGAGAACAGCAGAAGUGAAAGAGGAAAACCCGACUAUGUAACCAGGCCCUCUGAUGAGACUUCACCACCACAUGUGUGAAAGCUUCAAACAAAAAAGCUCGGAAAUCUCUGCAUGUUUAUAGCUUUUAAAGUUGAUCAAGUACUGUUUUAGUUUAAGCAAAAUGAAAAGUUUCCUUUAGGUGUCAAUAUUUGUAAAGCAAGAAAGUUUAUGUGGUUAAUUGUGUCAAACAUUUGUUUCAAAUGGGUGAUUUUUAUAUUGCCUAACAGAGCCAAAGCAAUUUAAGUCCAAUAAGGAGGUAGAAUUAUGCACCAAACAACUUGAUGAUGAUUUGGACUUGAAUAUUGAAUUUGGCAUGAAA